CAAAUUGUUUUUACCCACUGAAGCUAAGGUUAGGCUUGUCAGCCUAGAAGCAAAGAAACAAACUGUGUGUUUGUAUGGUGGUUCAAGCUUUUCCAUCACUAAUUUGAGAGCCACAGAAAGUCUAUGACAUAGAAGAAUUAUGCCAUGGAGGCCCUCAAUGCAGCAAGCUUGAUCCCCUUGUCUGUUCUUUGUGACAGAAAAAUAGAACCCAGAAAACUCUCAUCACUACCUACAACUUUUCCACUUAAAUUCUCUAAUUCUGCUGUUUUGAGUACCAACCCACCAACUUUACAACAAUGUUUAUCAAGGAGUUUUCAAGGAAGUCUGGUCCUUGCAUCUUUAUUUCUUAAUACUGGGAUUGCUAGAGCUUUAUCAUAUGAGGAAGCAGUUCAAAAGUCUGUGAAUGCCUCAUCAUCUGGGGAUUUUGAUGCAAGUGGGGUUCUGGAUAGUGUUAUAAGUUUUGGGACAGAGAAUCCUGUAGUUAUAGCGGGUGGUGCCACCAUUCUGGCGGUUUCUUUGGUUUUAUCUCAGAUUCUGAAGCAGCCAAAGCCAUGGGGUGUUGAGUCUGCCAAAAAUGCUUAUGCAAAAAUAGGUGAAGAAGCCAAUGCUCAGUUGCUUGAUAUAAGAGCACCAGUGGAAUUUAGGCAAGUGGGUAGUCCAGAUAUCCGGGGUUUGAGGAAGAAGCCAGUGUCUAUCGUUUACAAAGGCGAGGAUAAACCCGGGUUCUUGAAGAAGCUUUCUUCAAAGUUUAAGGAACCAGAAAAUACCACAUUGUUCAUUUUAGACAAAUUUGAUGGAAAUUCCGAACUGGUUGCAGAGUUGGUCACUGUAAAUGGAUUCAAAGCUGCAUAUGCAAUAAAAGAUGGUGCAGAAGGACCCCGAGGAUGGAUGAAUAGUGGCCUUCCUUGGAUACCACCAAGGAAAGCAUUGAGUCUUGAUUUUAGCAAUUUGACAGAUGCUAUUGACGGUGCAGUUGGAGAGGGUUCAGAUGCUCUUUCUCUCACCCUUGGGAUUGCUGCAGCCACUGGAUUAGGUUUAUUGGCUUUUUCAGAGGUAGAAACAAUACUCCAAGUUUUAGGCUCAGCUGCUCUUGUUCAGUUUGUGAGCAAGAAACUCCUAUUUGCUGAGGUGAGUUGCCAAAACCUUUCUGAUCGGAAGGAAACCCUACAAGAAGUUGAUGAGUUUUUGAACACAAAGAUUGCCCCUAAAGAGCUUGUUAAUGAAAUAAAGGAAAUUGGAAAAGCUCUUCUACCAACAACUGUACCUAGAAAUGCUCUUCCUGCACCUGCCGAGGCAAGCCUAGAGCCUGCUACAACUAAUAAUGCUGUACAAAAAUCAGAAGGAGCUCCUGAGCCAAAAGUAGAAACAGCUGGACAACCUAUUCCUGACAUAAAUUCAGUGCCAAAACCAGAAGUUAAAGCAGAAUCACUUCCUGGAUUUUCAAAAUCACUUUCUCCAUAUCCAUACUAUCCAGAUUUGAAGCCUCCUACAUCUCCUUCACCAUCACAGCCCUAGAGUUGCGAUUGCAUUAAAAUGUCUCCAUGUGUUUCUGUAACAGGCAGCUGUUUGGCAGUGACUUGCAAUGCUAUAUUGUGAGUUUUGCAAUUUAUGCCGCUCUUUUAAACUUGAAUUCAAUUUAGGUGACAUCUUGGAAUGAAUGCAAAAUCAGUGUCAUGAGUUAUAUAAAAAUAGAAGUCUGCUACAACCAUCUUUUUGUGGUCAUUAUGCUACUUUGCGUAAUCAUUGCGUCUCUUCUAGAUGGAAUUUAUGUAUUAGCUCUAUUCAGAUGGGUAUAAUAAAGAGUUUUUGAGUAAGCAAUAGAACAUUUUAUGUAUAUCCAUGUGUGCCUGGAUGUGUUUAUUAAAGAUGUGGUCAUGUGAGUGCAUGAAAACACUGGAUUCUGUAUUCCAAAAUAUGUAAUCUAGUUGCAACAAAAGAACACAAUUGUAUAUUUA